AUUAUAUUUAGGGGUACUUAGACAAUUGUUCAAGAAGUUCCUUCUCCUCUUUCGGCAUCUCUCGGCGAAGGCAAUGAUUCUUCGCUUUGUGUAAACUACUUCGGCUUCACUUGCUUCAACUUCGCUUCUUUUGUGUCAAGUUGAGUUCUUUGUAGCAAAGGUAACGACCUUUCUUCCCUUUUGAACUUGUGUCAGAUUCGACUACUUCGCGAGAAGUAGAGUUUUGAAAGAUUUGUUCCAAUAAGAGCUCACAACAAAUGUAAUGAUCUUUCAACCUUUCGAGAGUUGCUUUGGCUUCGCUUGUGUCAUGUGAACUGUGAAGGACAGAUAUGCAAACACCGUGCAACUUAUCUGUGUGAGAGGUUAUCAAGACCCUUCCAAGUUGCAGGAUAGCGGUGGCAUAGACUCAAAGAAAUGGAUCCGGGGCGUUAUGUUCUACAACAAGGAUGGGAUACUAACAGCGCAUUGGAGGGAUAUGGUGCGGCGCAUGAGCCGGAUUUCAGGGCUGGUGGAUCUGGUGGUAGGAGGGUUCCUGUUGAAAGGUUUUCAAGGGAGUCAAUAUAUUCGCGGAAUGCAUAUUCAGGGGAGAUGCUUGAUCGAGAUAUUUAUCCAUCUGCGCCAGUUUCUGGCAUGUGGCCUCAAUCCCGAAGGAGAAAUUUUGAUGAUGAAGAUAGUCUCAACAAAGAUUCUAGAAGACCUACUGCAUCAUAUCAUGAGAUUGAUAACUUCCAUGACCCAAAGAAAUAUCAUGAAAUUGAUUCAUUUCAUGAAAUUGACAGGUUUCAUGAUAGGUAUCGCCCUAUGGAUAACUAUCAUGAUCCUGAUGGUUAUCGGGACUAUGCGUUUGAAAGGCAUGCUAGGUCAGGGACUAGAGACCGUGAUGAAAUUGGUGACCAUUAUGAUCUUAGGCACCGAGGAUCUUAUGGAAGUAGAGAAAAUAGCAGGGAAAGAGAUUAUGAUACGGGUCGGUAUGAAUAUGAGUCUGAUCAAGAUAGAGGAAGAAGGGAAAGUAGUUGGCGAAGGCAUGAUUCUCGCGAACAGGAUCGAGAAAAGCGGGGUUUGAGCUGGGAAAGAGGUCAAAGCCCAUAUGAUAGGCACUAUGACUCUCGUUCUCGUGGACGAGAUGAUCGGUCAAGAUCAAGAUCUCCUAGAGGGCGAAAUGGAGGUCGUAGUUAUAGAGAGGAUAUCUAUGAUGACAGACGGCAUGAUAGAAAUGAGAACCGAUGGGACUAUGAUCAUGAUGAGAAGCACUUUAAUAAUUCAUCUGUGUCUCCAUCAGCAACAGUUGUUGUAAAAGGAUUAUCUCAGAAGACAACCGAGGAAGACUUGUAUCAAAUGCUUGCUGAAUGGGGACCCCUUCGUCAUGUGCGCGUAAUAAAAGAGCGCAAUUCUGGUGUUUCCCGUGGCUUCGCUUUUAUCGACUUCCCCUCUGUGGAAGCUGCUUGUAGCAUGAUGGAUGGUAUUGGAGAGAAUGGUCUGGCUAUUGAUGGAAGAAGACUUUUUUUUGAAUACAGUAGUAAGCCAACUGGUGGGGCAGGAGUGCCUGUAUUACGCCAAGAAGGCUUUGCAAAAUCUGGUUAUGGAUAUGGCAGAUCUGCUCCUCCAUCUGAUUGGAUAUGCGCCAUUUGUGGUUGUGUAAAUUUUGCACGCCGGACAUCUUGUUUUCAGUGCAAUGAGCCUCGUACUGAUGAUGCUCAGCCAGCUGAUAUGGCACCUCCAGCAGUAUUAGGGAGAAAAGGAUCAGAUGCUGGCCCAACUCAUGUAUUAGUUGUCCGUGGAUUAGAUGAUAACGCUGAUGAAGAGAUGCUUCGCUAUGAGUUUUCUAAGCAUGCUCCCAUAAAGGAUCUGCGCCUUGUUCGGGACAAAUUUACCCAUGUCUCCAGAGGGUUUGCAUUUUUGCAUUUUCAUUCGGUGGAGGAUGCAACAAAAGCUCUAGAAGCAACUAAUGGAACAACUCUUGAAAAGAAUGGACAAAUAUUACGUGUAGCAUAUGCAAAAAGCAUACAUGGUCCUUCAUCCGGUGCUCCACAAUCUAGCAGUCUAGCCGCAGCUGCAAUUGAGGCGGCAACAUUUGCUCAACAGUAUGAUGCUGUUGGUUGGGCUCCUAAAGAAUACAAUCCUGAUGAUAAACAACCCACUGCUUUGUCGGAGCAAAAUGGAAGUACCGAAGCUCAAGUGGGUUCUUCGGCUCCCCAAGCUGGGUUUGUUUGGGAUGAAAAGUCUGGAUACUACUAUGAUGCGUCGUCUGGUUUUUAUUAUGAUGGAAAUACUGGCCUUUAUUACGAUGGUAAUAAUGGAAUUUGGUAUUCCUAUGAUCAUCAAAGUCAGCAGUAUGUUCCUUAUGCUAACCAAGGUGAUAAUAAGACUUCUGGAGAAUCAACAUCUGAAGGUGCAAAGGCAUCCAAUAGCACCAAUAUUAAGAAAGUUGUGAUAUCAGCUCCUGCAUCUACUAUUAAAUCAAACGAGAGUACCUCUUUGCCUGAUGCUGUGCAUGCUGCUGCUUCAGCUGCUCUUGCUGCAGAGAAGAAAGAGAAAGAAAAGCAAAAAGAAAUUAAACUGGCAUCUAAAAACAGUCUUCUUGCUAGCAAAAAGAAGAUGAAUAACGUUCUUGCUAUAUGGAAACAGAGAAAUAGUGAGGGACAAGCUGCUCGAGUUGUUCUUGAAGACAAUGAACAGCCUGGGCUAACAGAGGAUAAACAGAGUAGUUCUUACAGUGGCAAAAACAAGUUGAAAAUAAAUGCUACAUCUACAAAAGAGGCUUCCAGCAUCUCAAGUUUUUCUAUGGAUUCUCAGGUCAAGCCAAGGCCUGUUAAUAACAGUUCUGGUGGAACAAUAAUGGGUGUUAUCAGAGGUUCUGGGAGAGGUGUGAUAAGAGCAGACACAACAUUUUCAGGAUCCUCAGGUUUGGGUGCUGCUACUAUUUCUCCAACUUCCUCUACUGAGAGGAUUCCUUUGGGAAAUACUGAGGUCGCAUCAACUGUUACACCUUUCAAGACAGAUGCCUCUGCACUAAAUUCAAGCACACCCACACCCGUGGUAGCAGGGAGUGGCAAAAGAAGAUUUUCGGAGACUCCUAUGCAAGCUAAUCUUCCUCAAACAGCUUACAGAGACCGGGCAGCUGAGAGGAGAAGCCGAUAUGGAUCAUCUUUUGUUGAUGAUUUAUCUGAUGACCUUGGGGAUUCGAAUUGUGAACAUCCAUCUCGGAAAGGCCGUUUGUCGGACAUGGGAGCAAUGCCUUUCCCCCCAGGAGUGGGUGGAGGGCGGCCUGCUGAUCUACCAAGCUAUGAAGUUAUUACUGCUGAUCGCAGCAUUGAUGAGAACAAUGUUGGAAAUCGGAUGCUCCGCAGUAUGGGCUGGCAGGAAGGAUUGAUUUUGCUGAACCAUGGAAGGAAUGUUGUGCUGGACGCCCAAUAGGCGACUUCACGGUACGCCAUGGAUUUUUAUUCAAGUUGAAUUGUCUUUGUAUUCUAGCAAUCUUGGCGUCAACAACUCAUUAAAGAAAUUCAUAGUGGAGGGCUCGCAGCUCAUGUUGACAUAGACAAAACCUUGCAGCAACAACAACAUCAAUUUUUUCUGGCCUUAUAUGCAACGGGAUGUGGCUCAAUUGGUGGAACUUUGUUCCGUAUGCCAAAUGUAUAGAGGGAGGUGCUCAAAGCAUCAGUUUGUAUAUAUGCCUUUGGCAGUUCCGGACUCUAUUUAGGAGUAUCUAAGUCUCGACUUUGUUAUGAGGUUACCGCGAACUAAACAUGGUGUUGAUUCUAUUAUGGUUGUGCUGGACAAGUUCUCUAAAAUAGCACACUUCAUCCCUUGCAAAAAGACCUUUGAUGCACUAAAUGUUGCUCGCCUCUUUUUCCAAGAAAUUGUUUGAUUGCUUGGUUUGCCUUUUAGCCUCACAUUUGAUCGUGAUGUUAAGUUCAUUAGCCAUUUUUGAAGAGAAUUGUGAAAAUGUUUGAAAUUGAUUUAAAACUAAGUUUUGCAUAUCACCCUCAAUCGGAUGGACAAACUGAAGUCGUGAACCGUACCCUUGGGAGCAUGCUUCUUUGUCUUGUUCAACAACAUCCAAAUCAAUGGGAAGAACUACUUAGUCAAGCUGAAUUUGCAUUCAACUCAAUGCCCAACAGAUCGACGGGUCAAUGUACAUUUAGUAUGAUUUAUACUAAAAUGCCCAACCAUUUACUUGAUAUUGCAGUUUUGCCUAAGUGCCACUGCACUUCUGCAACUAAAUUUGUGGAUGGAUUUACAACUAUAUGCUUAAAGAGGUUCAAACUAAGCUACAAACUGCCAAUGAAAAAUACAAACAGCAAAUUGAUAGUCAUCCAAGGUUCAAAGUAUUCCAACCCGGAGAUCUUGUCAUGAUAUGGAUAUGCAAGGAAAGGUUUCCGGCAGCACAUACUCCAAGUUAAGCCCAAGGAAACUUGAUCUGCUCCAUGUUAAACAUAAAAUUAUGUUAUUGAUCUCCCCGCCGAUGUCCAUACUUCAUCAACCUUCAAUAUUAGAGAUAUAUCUAAUUAUUAUCCUCCAGUUGAUUCCAGCACUGCCACCACUUCGACAGAGGCGAACUCUUCAAGAGAGGGAGAGAGCUGAUGUGGAAACCUUAUGCUAUACACCCUAGGGACACCACACCUUUUGCUUGCUGCUCCACUACUCUGUUAUAGUUGUAUUCUCUUUAUAGUUACAAUAGUACAUUUCCCUUUGUUUUGCUUGUGUAGAUUGAUAUAGUAUUGAUAUAUACUAGCUUAAAAGGCAUGCAGGACACAUGGGAACUUUUUACACUGAAAUAUACCCAGCGGUUUUUAUCUCCCUGAAUUACUAUUCUGCUAAUUUUCUUCCUUGUCAUUGUUACAUCAAUUAGCUAUCUUUUAUAUUGUUGCUUUUGAACUUCUAAUUUACCACAGAAAUUGAUUACUUAAAUAAAUCAUUGGGAAAAUAUGGAAAAUUGAUUAUCUCAGUUUCGCAAUAAUGUAGAUCAAGAUUAACUCUUGACUUCGAUUUUGGAGGGUCGAUGCUCAAAAUAUUAUUAUAAAGAGAAAUGCAAGUUUCCAGAUAAGUAGAGAUGCAACGAGGAUUAAUAAUACCUGCAAAUCACAUUGCAUUAUUCAGCAUUCAUAAAAAGCAUGCAAAAUCAUGGUACAAGUAAAAAAAGAUCGGUUAGUCUAAACAUGUUUCUAUCUUGCUGGUUUUCUCUUCUCUGCAAUCUCUCGUGAUAUUAUGAACUCUGUUUUCUAGAAGUGAUGCUUUUUUUACGUAUCAAUUGAUUUAUUCUCAUGGGAUUUCGAGAAUGCAUGGGCAUUAGGGUUGAUUGGUUUCUUGUUUAAGGGAAGGGAAUGAUUGGAUUGGGGUAUUGGGUGGCAUUUUAGAGGAUAGACUUGCAAAUGUGAACCUAGUUGAAAGAGGGACAGGGUACCCCGCCUAUAUAGGCCAACUUCAAAAGCCCACUGUGGCUCGGCGGUUGUGAAACAGAAUCCUGACACUUUUUAUUUAAUGUGGAUGACCAAACAUCUUAACUGGUUUCGGCUUCGUUUGGGACGGCUUUCUUACUGCUUCUUAAAACAGUUUUGUGUUACAAAAAUUAAAAUUUUUGUAUUAAUAAGCUGCUUUAAAAAGCAGUAAAAAGCUGUCCCAAACAAAACCUUCAUCUAUGAUGUCCAGUAGAUGAGUUAAUGCUGAUUCUGAUGCUUUAUUUAAAUGGUCCAGGAUACUAACAUUUAUUUUUCUUAUUUAGUGAACUAUUCUUCUUGUUUGGUUUUUAAAUGAAAACAUCUAGGGACUCGGAAAAGAUGGUAGUGGUAUCAAAGAGCCUGUUCAGGCCAGAGCUGUUGACGAUAGAGCUGGAUUGGGGAGCCAGCAGAGGAAAGUUGUGGAUAAUGCCUUGGAGGCUCAGCCUGGGGACAGCUACAAGACCAUUAUU